AUGGAAAGGGAUUGGGCAAACUUAGAGUCACUUGCUCUCGACAUUAUUAUUUCGAAGCUAAUUGAACCAAUUGAUCACAUUUGGUUUGGUUCCGUAUGCAAGAAUUGGCACUCAAUUGCAAAGCUUAAUCAUCUAAACAACUACAAAUUUAGGAACAAUAUAUUGCCUAUGUUGAUGAUCCCUUCAAAGAAGAAUCCAAGAAAAAGAAGUCCAAGAAAAAGAAGUUUGUUUAGCAUAUCAGCAAACAGAGUGUAUGAAUUUCAAUUGACAGUGUUUUCUAAUAAGAGAGUUUGUGGUUCAACUCAUGGUUGGAUUGGAACCGUAGAUCAAAAUAAUGUCAUAACUUUGGUGAAUCCUUUUAAGGAUGUAGCUCCUAUUAUUCUACCUCGGAUUGAUGUUUAUGAUUCUUAUAAGUAUUAUGAAUUCGAUGUACGUAAGGUUACUUUGUCGGUUGACCCUAUAACAAAUCCAAAUGAUUACGUGGUUGCAGCAAUUUAUACUAACCGUGGGUGUCUUGCUUUCAUGAAAGCAGGACAAGAGUUUUGGACGUACAUGGAUGACAUUGACAACCCGCGCCAUACUGGUUUCAUCGAUGUUGCAUUCUACAAAGAUUUGGUGUAUGCCGUAUCUUGUCGGAAUGAAAUUGUCUCCUUUGAUCUUUGUUAUUCUACUUGCCCUUAUCGAUUUGAAGAGAGAAUUCCAAAUUUUGUUAGACAACGAGAUGAAGAUGAAGAUGAAGAUGAAAGUUACUUUCCACUAGCUUAUCUAGUGACAUCAUUGGAGGGAGAUCUGUGGAUGGUGAGAAGGUUUGUAGAUACAGUGUAUCCUUGUGUUGGUGGCUCUGAAAAUAAUGGUACACAAAGUUUUCAAGUGUUUAAGUUGGAAUUGGAUUGCACAGGCGAAAAGCUUAUAAAUAUGAUCAAACUUGAGACUUUGGGAGAUAAUGUGUUAUUCUUGGGUGGCAGUGACUCAACGUCUAUAUCAGCUUCAUAUUUUUCAUGUUACGUACAAAAGAAUUCUAUUUAUUAUACUGAUAAUUAUAUUGACGAUACACCAGUUCGUUAUCCUCAAGUCCCUUAUGAUAUGGGAAUCUAUAAUGUAAAAGAUGGAAGUUUUGGUAUUCAUUGCCCUUUCAAACCUUAUUUCAAGGGUUUGGCACCUCCUGUAUGGGUUCUGCCACCUUUUCAGUGGGAUUGCUAA